AUGAUCAACGCUGUCCUCGUCUUCAACAAUAAUGGGCAACCACGCCUGACCAAGUUCUAUACCCAGAUUGACACCCAGAUGCAACAAUCCCUGAUUGCGCAAAUCUACGACUUGGUCUCCCAGCGUCCCUCGACAGCCUGCAAUUUUCUCCCUCUGCCUCCCUUGCUUUCUCAGGGCGCUCGUUCCAGCGCUGCAAGUGGCCCCUCCGAUGCUCCGACCCAGAUCACCUACCGCACUUAUGCCACUUUGUCUUUCAUCAUGAUCUCUACAUCCACCGAAUCACCGCUCGCAUUGAUCGAUCUCAUCCAGGUGUUUGUCGAGGCGCUGGACCGUCUCUUCGAGAACGUCUGCGAGCUAGACCUCAUUUUCGGCUUUGAGACGAUGCACGCGACUUUGAGUGAGAUGAUUGUCGGAGGAGUGGUGGUCGAGACCAACCUGGAAAAGAUUGUCGCGGGCCCCCCUAAGUCCGGUAAGAAGGCCGCUCCCGCGCCCUACCCCCAGGGUAAGGCCGGUGCUAGCAAGAAGGCCGCCAAGAGCCCUCUCAUCGAGAAGCGCCCCCGCAACUUCGGUAUCGGCCAGGACAUCCAGCCCAAGCGCAACCUGUCCCGCUUCGUCAAGUGGCCCGAAUAUGUCCGCCUGCAGCGCCAGAAGAAGAUCCUGAACAUGCGCCUCAAGGUUCCCCCGGCCAUUGCUCAGUUCCAGAACACUCUGGACCGCAACACCGCUGCUCAGACCUUCAAGUUCCUCAACAAGUACCGCCCCGAGUCCAAGGCUGAGAAGAAGGAGCGUCUCCUCCAGGAGGCCACCGCCGUCGCUGAGGGCAAGAAGAAGGAGGAUGUCUCCAAGAAGCCCUACGCCGUCAAGUACGGUCUCAACCACGUUGUCGGUCUCGUUGAGAACAAGAAGGCUUCUCUCGUCCUGAUCGCCCACGACGUCGACCCCAUUGAGCUCGUCGUCUUCCUCCCUGCCCUCUGCCGCAAGAUGGGUGUCCCGUACGCCAUCGUCAAGGGCAAGGCCCGUCUGGGAACUGUUGUCCACAAGAAGACCGCUGCCGUCCUCGCCAUCACCGAGACCCGCGCUGAGGACAAGAGCGAGUUCGCCAAGCUCGUCACUGCCAUCAAGGAGGGUUACAGCGACAAGUACGAGGAGAACCGCCGCCACUGGGGUGGUGGUAUCCUCGGUGCCAAGUCCAUUGCCCGCCAGGAGAAGAAGCGCAAGGCCGUUGAGAACGCCAUCAAGCUCUAA